UAAAUAGAUGAGACAAAGAAAAAAAAGAUGAGACUGAGUAGUAGUAUAUGAGUGGCGGACGAGAUUAGCUUCUUAGGACUGAGAAUGUUGAUUCUUCGUACUCCCACCGGACCUGUCUCCGCCGUCAGAUUCAUCACCAAACCAAACCCUCGUGUUCCUUCUUCCGAUCCAUGGCUCGGGCUCCUCCCCGCCGCCAAUACUCGCCGCCGGCGACGCGUCGUCCUCACUCUCUCUAACUCCGACUCAAACGGAAGCGUCAAAUCGUCAACACCUUCCCAAAUCCCAUCUACAGGAGACGACACCGUUUUCGUGGGUCAAGAGAGUGUUCCUCUCGAAGGCGUUAUUCAAUUCGAUAAACCCAAUUCAAAUGCUUCAAUCAAGAAAUGGGGUCGUGUCGCGUUACUUGCUGGUGGGGAUGUUUUGGCUUUGCUUCUUUUCUCUGCGAUUGGGAGAUUCAGCCAUGGAUUCCCUGUGUUUAGCAUCGAUACUCUUCACACAGCUGACCCUUUCAUUGCUGGCUGGUUCUUGAGUGCGUAUUUCUUGGGAGGAUAUGCGGAGGAAGGGAGAGGAAUGAAGGGUCAGUCGAAAGCCGUGUUAGCAGCCGCGAAGUCUUGGGCUCUCGGAGUUCCGCUUGGAAUGAUCAUUAGGUCAACCUCAUCAGGUCACAUCCCGGCCUAUACCUUUAUCUUGGUGACAAUGGGAAGUACUGCUGUCUUACUUAUUGGAUGGAGAUCACUAUUGUUCAGUGUGCUUCCUUCAGAGUCUAAGAAGAAAGAUGAUACGUAUCGAAAAGGCAGUGCAUUCGAACUAUUUGAGUUGCUUACUUCAUUAAUAAGACGGUGGUGAAGGAUGAGAUUCAAUAUGAACAUGUCAUCCACUUUGUCACCAACUGUAAUGUGGAUAUAGUUGCAGCAAUGUAGAGGAAGAAUUACCGAGAGAUGAUUACUUGGGAUUAGUUAUACGAUCUGUUUUAGUUGAUGUUGUGGGUUAACCCAGUGUUUCAAAAACUCAUGUAAGCCAACUUUUUUUUGGUUAAAUUUGUUAUAAGAGCCUCUUAAGCAAAUCUGUCAUGAGCAGAUGAUAAACAA